AUGUCUGCGAGUUUGGGAACAGCUCCCUCGGAGCUAGUACAAUAUCUGAAGACUGUCCUCCUUGAUCUCCAUUCGAAUCCUUACCCUUAUGUACCGAAUCCGCCAACAAUCAGCAAACGAGCCUCCGUCGCCCUUAUCAUCCGCAUCCAACCUCACUACUCCCACUGGCCCUCGAAAGAUGUCGACGCCCCUGAAGCCUCCUCUAGCGCUCCGGCGUCCAUUGAAGAGCAGGUGAACACGUUCUUCGACCAGGACUGGGUGAGAUAUGGAGAUGCAGAGGUCCUCUUCAUCAAGCGCGCCGAGCGCAAGGGCGACCGAUGGACCAGCCACGUCGCGCUCCCCGGCGGGCGUCGCGAUCCCGAAGACGCAGACGACCAGGCGACAGCCGUGCGUGAGACCCUCGAAGAAGUCGGCAUCGACCUCUCGGCGCACGCGCUCCAGCUCGGCAACCUGCCUCAGCGCGUCGUCACCACCUCAUGGGGGAAGGUCCCUCUCAUGGUCCUCUGCCCUUACGUCUACCUCCUGACCUCCCCCUCCCCUCCCGCGCUGAAGCUCCAGCCGACGGAGGUGGGAUCCUGCCACUGGGUCUCGCUGCGCGCGCUGCUCUCGCCCGCCCUCCGCACCGUAGAGCUCCAGGACGUCUCGAACCGGCUCGCAAAGGCCGAGAUGGGGAUCCGGCGCUGGUUCCUGCGGGUCAUGUUGGGGAAGAUGGUGUUUGCGGCCGUGCGGCUCGUGCCGUCGCAGAGCGUGUACUGUAGCAGCAUUCCUGGCUUUAUACCGGAGGGGGCUCAUGACGACGUCUCGAGCAGCACGGCUUUUGUCAAGCGGAGAGUUGCGAACUGGUGGGCGGGCAGCGGCAGCAGCGCCGGUUCAAUGUUGGGGGUGAGGCGGAGUAUGAGUAGAAGCGUCCCCACGGCGAAGCCGCUGCUGCUGUGGGGCCUCACGCUAGGCAUCGUGGCGGAUUUUCUGGACUUGCUUCCGCCGUUCGACGCGUCAAGACUGUGGACGUAUCCGACGUUCACGCCAUGGGACGUCAGGUUUGUGGUCUGGGCCUUGUCCUACAAUCUCCGCAAGGAGAAGCAGAAGUUGGUUGCGCGGGGCGCGCAUAAGGCGCCGGCGGCGGUGGAGGAGGGGCUGGAUCCCGUAGCCGUUAGGAAGCCGGAGCCGGAGGAGAGGGUUGGAGGGGACGAAAGCGAGAAGCCGGGAGAGGCGGGGAUUAGUGGGUUGGGGGUUGGGAGGUAUUAUGGGAGAAUCGGACGGGAGCAGCGAGGCUCUAGAUCGAGCGCUGUGGGGGUCAUGUUGGAGGGGUAUUAUGACGUUGUUAGGAGAGCUGUCAAGGUGGCGCUGGUGGGCAGGGUGUCGGCAAUGGCAUUGCUGGUUUUCAUUCUCUGGACAAGGCUCAGAAGAUGGAGGAUAUCCAGUUCGAGGUGA